AUGACGAGUACAUCAAGCUCCGGAGAAACCUCGCAAAGCCCAGAAUCCUGUGGCUCAACUGGGGUCACUACUCCCGAGGGAUUCAAGGCCGAAAUUACUAGCCUUGCCCAAAGACACACGAGAUGGCGUCCAUCCUUUCACCUGAUGCCUCAAACAGGAUGGAUGAAUGAUCCAUGCGCACCUGGAUAUGACCCCUCAACUGGGUUGUAUCGUGUUUCCUUUCAGUGGAACCCUAAUGGCCCCGACUGGGGUGAUAUUGCUUGGGGAACUGCGACUUCCAGUGACAUGAUUUCAUGGGAUGUUGAAGAACAACCUAUCCUCUCACCAGAUAAGGGCUACGACUCCAAGGGUGUCUUCACCGGAUGCUUUAUCAAGGCAGAAGAUGGGACUCUCAACUACAUCUAUACCUCGGUCAGCUCCCUUCCGAUCCACCACACCAUCCCGCAUCAAACUGGCUGUGAGACAUUGAGCAUCGCGACGUCUUCAGAUCAAGGAAGAACUUGGCACAAAAGCGACAGGAACCCCAUCCUCCCGGGUGAACCGUCUAAUCUCGAUGUCACUGGCUGGAGAGAUCCAUUCUGUGCUCCUUGGCCCAAUAUGAGCAAGGUUCUGGGACUAAACCCAAAAGAUAUCUUGUUUGGUAUUAUCUCUGGGGGUAUUAGGGAUGUCACACCCACAAGCUUCCUUUACAAGAUCAAUGCAAAUAACGUGAGUGACUGGGAGUACAUCGGCCCCCUUGCGAAUUUUGGUCUGAAUCUCAGACCGUCGCGGUGGUCUGGAGAUUUAGGGAAGAAUUGGGAGGUAACGAACUUCCUGUCAUUGUCCGACGAGAAUGAUCCUCACUCAACUUUCGACUUUCUGAUCAUGGGCACUGAAGGCUGUCUUGAUGAUGGUCUUGAAGGAUCUCCGGGCAGUGCAGGUCCAUCACGUCCAAGCCGUGGCCAGCUUUGGAUGUCUGGCAAUCUUCAGAAAAGUGAAGCUGCUGGCCCGGUAAAUAUUUCAUAUGGCUUUGGGGGUCAUCUCGACCAUGGUUGUCUGUAUGCAGCCAACUCUUUCUUCGAUCCACGAAGUCAGCAAUACGUUGUCUGGGGGUGGAUCACAGAAGAAGAUCUGUGUGAUGAUUUCCGUCACCAGCAAGGAUGGGGUGGGGCUCUGUCAAUGCCCCGACAGAUCCAUCUACAGACUCUUCACAAUGUAGUUGGUGCUUUAGUCUCUGAUUUACCCUCCAUCACCUCGCUCAAGCUCGAGCCAGAGGCCGAUGGAGCUUUCACUAUCCACACUCUUGCCAGUGAACCAUAUAGGCCUUUGGUUCAACAUCUUCGAAACUCUUCAGACGCGCUUUGCUCACAGUUGGGGGCAUCGUCUCUCCAUAAUAAUCCUGGCGAAGUCGGCUUGUCCCUAGAAAGCGUGCGGAGUAAGCACUGGGAGCUUGAGUGCUCUUUCAAGAUCUCCAAAACUUGCUCCCGGGUCGGUAUAUCCAUUGGCCAUUCAAGAGGUAAGAAAUUCCCCGCAAGUUAUUAUCCAGGCAUCAUGCUCAACACAUCAUUAACAGACCUUGAAAAUGCAACAACAAUGACAUUCGAGCCACAAGAUGAAGCCUUCACGAUUUCCCGACCAUCAUUCCCUAGGUCCGAUUCGUCUUUGUUGAUCAAUAGCUCCCCUGAAAUAGCGCCGCACACCUUGUUCACAGGGACAAACCCCAAAAGUGGAGAAGAAUGGACGGAGACCUUGGAUAUUCGCGCGUGGAGAGAUAAUUCCGUCCUGGAGGUGUUUGUUAAUGGUCGGACCGCGAUCACUACUCGUCUUUACGCGGCUGAGGAAACAUUUGGUAUGCGGUUCUUUGCAGAGGAUGAUGCCUCAGGUGCCAGGGUCCUGCUACGGACGAGCCAUGCUGGUCCAACAGAGCUGAAGUUUGCAAAUUUGUGGGAUGGAAUUGCAAUUUAG